AUGGAGUCUCGCAAGCAGUGGGAACUCAAAAUCAGCGAGUUCUCAGAUGAGUUACCUACCUUGAAGCAAUUCCAAGACUUUUUAGAAACUAGAUUUAGAGCGUUAGAGUUUAUUGAUCCAAAAUUGUGUAUCGCAAAUCAAUCGGUUGAACAAGAUGUCGUUGCACAUGCAACAACAUCACCGUCUGUAGAUCAAUCCACUAGUGUCACGGCCUGUGUUUCGACCUCAAACUGUCAAGUCUUACUUGCAACAGCAUUAGUUAGCGCACAAUCGAAAUCAGGUAACGGUAUCACACUGAGAUGUUUAAUAGAUCCAGGUUCUCAAGCUAGUUUUAUUACUGAAUCUGCUGUGCAAUUGCUGACCUUAAAGAAGAUACCACACAAAAGUGUAAUUACAGGAUUAGGAAGUGAUCAGGGUCAUUCAUUGACCUCUAAGUCUAUGGUAUCGGUUUCAUUACAAUCACUUCAUGAUCCCAAUUUUACAUUUAAGGUUCAAGCUUUUGUCUUGAGUAAACUCACUUCAAUCCUCCCUGAGAGGCAAAUUAUUGUAGAACUGUGGUCGGAGUUUUCAAAUAUCAAACUGGCAGAUCCAUCAUUUCAUACACCAAACAAAAUCGAUAUUCUUCUCGGAGCAGAUGUUUACAGUCAGAUCUUGUUAGAUGGUGUAAUUAAAGGUCCACCAGGUGUACCUAUAGCUCAGCGAACAACGCUUGGUUGGAUUAUUUCUGGCCCUGUUAAUAUAGAUAGAAAUAAUAUACAAAGGCCACUGAUUAGUAUGCAUAUUUCUCAUGUAAGUGAAGAUGACUUAUUAAAGAAAUUUUGGGAGUUGGAAGCUGAAAACAAUAUAGAUAUUAAAAAACAUUUAUCUGAGGAAGAAAAGAAAUGUGAAGAAAUAUUUACAAAUAGUACGAAGAGGGACAGUUCAGGAAGAUAUAUAGUUAAUCUUCCAUUCCGUAGUGAUGAUCCCAGUUGUAAAUAUGGCAAUUCUAAAAUUAUUGCAACUAAAAGAUUUCUGCAACUAGAAAAAAGAUUAUCAAUGGAUCCUAAUUUAAAAAUUAAAUACGCCGAAGUCAUUUCAGAACAUCUAGAAUUAGGACACAUGGAGAAAGUACCAAUAACUGAACAAGAUGAUCCUGAAGCAGUCUAUUUACCACACCAUGCAGUGGUGCGGGAGGAUAGAACCACUACAAAAGUAAGAGUUGUUUUUGAUGCAAGUUGUCUUGGUACAAAUGGCGUAUCUUUAAAUCAAGAUUUAUUAGUAGGACCCACUCUUCAAGCUGACUUGCGUCAUCUCUUAAUACGUUGGCGUCGUUAUCCUAUAUGUAUUGUGUCUGAUAUAAUUAAAAUGUAUAGACAAAUAAAGGUUGAAAAAAGACAUACUAACUUUCAACGUCUGGUAUGGCGUGAUCAUCCGGAAAGUGAACUGCAACAUAUGAGACUAUUACGAGUAACAUUUGGAACGGCAUCAGCACCUUACCUUGCUGUUCGGUGUUUACAUCAAAUUGUUUAUGAUGAAGGCAAAAAUUAUCCUCUUGCUGCUGAAAGAGUUCUAAAUCGUUUUUAUAUGGACGAUUUACUAACAGGUUGUGAAUCAGUCGAAGAAGGUAUUAAAAUCUAUAAGGACAUAAAAGAGUUAUUGAAAAAAGGAUUUGAGCUUCAGAAAUGGAGUAGCAAUAGUAAUGAAUUAUUGAAAGUAAUUAAUGAAGAAGAUAUAGCUUCACAAGAAAGCGUGCAAUUAAAAAUAAAUAGUGUUAUGAAAAUUCUAGGACUUACCUGGAAUCGAAGUUGUGAUCAUUUUGAAUAUGUUGUACAACUUCCUGAACUGAAGGCACCUGUAACUAAAAGAAAAGUUAUUUCCGAAAUUUCUCGGAUUUUUGAUCCAGUUGGAUGGUUAGCACCUGUUGUUAUUCGAGCAAAAAUAUUCAUUCAAAAGUUAUGGCUCUCUGAAAUAGGUUUACAGGAAGAAUUACUAAUACAACUUUUGAAUAAAUGGUUACAAUAUCUAGAGAAUCUUCAAGAAACUUACCUGGUCGAUGAAUUAAAGAAUCUGAAAGAAAAAAGAAAGAUUAGUAAUAAGAAAAGUGUACUUACCUUCUCGAAUCCGUGGAAUGAUGAAGAUGAAACUCUAAGAGAUGAUGGACAGUCGCAAUGUACUAAUAUUAAUGGUGACAUAGUGUUGGUGAUGGAGAAUGAUCUUCCGCCAGCAUACGAGUAUAAUGGCUUUAUGGCUUUAUAG